AGAGUUUGGUGUCUCAUCCCCGUCGCCAGGCUUGGGCAUCCGCCGUCCCGUCCUUCUGUCUGUCCUUCCUUUUCAUCUCGUUGUCCUUUCUGCUCAAGGAAAAAAAGAAUAAUCACUUGAGUUAGCCAAGAUGGAGGCCAUCAAGAAGAAGAUGCUGAUGCUCAAGCUGGACAAGGAGAACGCUCUGGACCAGGCCGAGCAGGCGGAAGCCGACAAGAAAGCGGCGGAGGACAGAAGCAAACAGCACGAGGACGAACUCCUGCAGAUGCAGAAGAAGCUGAAAGGGACGGAGGACGAGCUGGAUAAAUAUUCUGAGGCGCUCAAGGAUGCUCAGGAGAAGCUGGAGGUGGCCGACAAGAAGGCCGCUGACGCCGAGGCAGAGGUGGCCUCCUUGAACAGGCGCAUCCAACUGGUGGAGGAAGAAUUGGACCGAGCCCAGGAGAGGCUGGCCACCGCUCUACAGAAGCUGGAGGAGGCCGAGAAGGCAGCCGACGAGAGCGAAAGGGGCAUGAAGGUGAUCGAGAACAGGGCCCUGAAGGACGAGGAGAAGAUGGAGCUCCAGGAGAUCCAGCUGAAGGAGGCCAAGCACAUCGCGGAGGACUCGGACCGCAAGUACGAGGAGGUGGCCCGUAAGCUGGUGAUCGUGGAAGGGGAGCUGGAGCGUACGGAGGAAAGAGCCGAGCUGGCUGAGGCUAAAUGUGCCGAGCUGGAGGAGGAACUGAAGAACGUCACCAACAACCUCAAGUCUCUGGAGGCGCAGGCGGAGAAGUAUUCACAGAAGGAGGACAAAUAUGAGGAGGAGAUCAAGAUCCUGACAGAUAAACUGAAAGAGGCCGAGACCAGAGCAGAGUUUGCUGAGAGGUCUGUGGCCAAGCUGGAGAAGACUAUCGAUGAUCUGGAAGACGAGCUGUACGCGCAGAAGCUCAAGUACAAGGCCAUCAGCGAGGAACUGGACCACGCGCUCAAUGACAUGACCUCCAUGUAAGCAAGACACACGGGACCUUGACAGUUUCACCUUUUUUUUUCCUUUUAAAACUGCCUUGUGUGUUUUCUAGCUAAACACCCAGGAAGCCCUCCUCUCCUCCUCAAAUGU